GGCGCAACUUGAGGCCAUUCCCCCUCGUUGCUUGUUGCCUUUUUUCAUUAAAUACACUACAACAUGGAAUUUUGGAUUUAGACCUGUAUUUAGGAACCACACCAGGGAAGCCAGCGCAUCCUGAGUUCAUGGGAUGCUGCUCAGGCCCCUUGCUUAGGUGCUUUGGCCAACACGCGCAUGCAGCAGCAGCUGACGCGGGUGAGAGGCGGUAGGGCAGCUGCUGAGCUUCCCCGUGCUGCUGGUUUCCUGCUGCUCCCCUUCCUGGGCGGGUCGAGCUGGGUCCCCCCAGUGCUGCAGAGCAGCAGCAUUUGCCACCCCUGCCUCCCUGACAAGAACUGCAGCCAGUGAGGGAAUGCAUGCUCUGCCCCAGCAGAGACGGCUCUCUGAUACGAACACAAGCCACAGAAGAUAGGCAAAAUGAAUGCAGUGUCUCCUUGCUGCUCAAAGGUGGGAGAUCUUCAGAGGGGGCAGAUGGUGUCCAGAGGUGCAACUAUAAAGCCACAGAGGAGCAUCUGCUCCUGAAUGCCCUAGGAUUUAGGAUUUUACAGCUGUGUUCAGAUACUAUGGGAUGAAAUGGCUGGAGGUGCAAUGCAGGCCGGAGGUGCUUGAGAAUUAUCUGUAGAAGCAUGCCCCUUUUUGUAGCAUUAGAAUGGCUUCACUUGAGAGGGGAUGCCAACUUGCUGACAGCCAGGCCAUUGCUGAGCCAGGGGUAAGGCAUUCUGAAGAGGUGUUAUGCAGGAAGCUUUAUUUUGGUCUUGCCUAAUCACAGACAUCUGUUUUUGUCUAGGGUUUGCACGAGCCUCUGACAAACACAGUGAUCGUUUCCUCAGUGAUCUCAAUACCUCAUAUGAUACUGAGUCAGCCCUGCCCUGUGGGCCAUAUUCUUUCCACACCAGUUACCAGCAUUCCUUCCACUACAACACAAAUUCCAGAAUGUUUUGAGAUUCUUGGGCAGAGGUUGGAUUUCUGCAGGGUGGACAUACUGAGGCUGAGUGGCACGUACGACUGUAUUAAGUUUGCCUUCUCACAUAUAUAUUUGAAAAUCCUUACUCAGCCUUCAGGGUAACACAGAUGGGGUCACGUGAGAGGAGCAGGAACACUGCGCCCUUGGGAUCCUCUUGCGGUCCUAAAAGAAAAGACAGAUCUUAUGCAGCAGCAAGCUCCACGGUGACCAAAUCGCCAUUUCAGUAUGGAAUACCAUUUGAGUGAACUGGGAGACUAAUUGCUUUCAUUUGCACCGAUUUUCCUCUAAGAUUCACUGUAACAGUAACCAUUUCCUACCUGGACGAUGAUCUUAUGCUGUUCAUGGUAAAAUCUUCAAGCAGUAGGAGUCUGGAAUUAGAAUUUCAGAAAUCAGAGCGUUUCAGGUUCCUUUUCCUGCCUCUGCAAUGUUUGAUAAGACAAGCGGGGUCAGGAGCACGAAGAGGGAAUGCGUGCUUCCCAGCUUCGCUAGCAAAGCAUGAAUGUAACUACUCCAGCUGUUGCAUAGUACUGACUUACUGUCACCAUAUAUGUGAAUAUUCCCACUGGCUUCAGUGAUUUACCCCCUGAAGUGAGAAAUGGGCCUCAGAGCCUCAUCCUGACAGCCUGAGAGAAAUGAUGGGUGUCUGACAGGGAGAACUGGUGGUUCACACAAGGAAGCACUCAGCUGAGAGUGGAAAAGAGAUGACAUGCUUCUUUGGGGAGAAAGCAUCAUUUAGGAGCAGUGACAGAGAUGUGAAACUCGGUGUUGUUUUCAUUUGUAUUAAGAACAUAUUUCCUGAAUACAGCAUGGAAACAUUCUGGGAUGGGGUUAUCGGGGAAACUCUUACCUGAUACUGACAGACAUAAAAGAUAUUACCCCAUUCCCAGCAGCUUUGAGCCUCACCUCCUUGAGCCAGUGCUCUUAGAGUACAUCAAUACCCAUGGGAUGGUGCAAAGUGGAUGGAUAGUGCUGACUGGGGCCGCACGCUGGGCAGGUCAGGGGAUGAAGGCCAUGCUUUGGUGGGAAACUGUGCAGAUGUGUUUCUGAUGGUCAUUAGAUUUCGCCGUGCUUUUUAGAGAUGUGAAAAGGAAGACACACAGAGAUAAAUAAGUUAUUAGAAGUACCCAGGCCGGGGUUGUCCAGAUUGGAAGCUGAGUUUCACAGCAAACAGAAGUGAAAGUCACUUGAGUGGGCUGUUCCAAGGGAGGAGCCAGCAAGAGGUGGUGUUGGCAGUGUUUGUUGGCCAGCGCACGGCCUGGCUGCAGCUCCGUGGUUCUGGGAAAUGUGCAGGCAGUGAGGAGAGCAGCUCCUGGCAGUGGGGAGAGGGGGUUCUGCUGCUCUCAUCCUGAGGGGGUUCAUGCUGGCGUGGGUGGAGGGCACACAGUGAAUGGCAAAAGCCAGCACGUGGAAGACCCACCAAGCAGGGAGCAAAACAAAGAGGAGGGUUGCUCGUUGGCAAGGAAAGAGAACUCUCUUGUUUUUAGGGGAACGAGUGUGCCUGUUGCUUUGUUGGCCGUUUUCUUGUGGUUUUCAGGGUGUGUGAUUUGCUGACCCCGGGGCUCUGGUGCAUGACGGAGCACGUGGUGCAGGAGCUGAUGCACAGCCUCUGCUGCUGCAGCACUCAGCUCCCAGAUAGACAGCAAACAGCACAGCCAUGGGUAUGGGGAACCCCCACCGCCACGCAGCUGGAAAAUGCAUCCCCUGUAGAGAGGCGAGGUGGUGAGCUGUUGCACAAAGCCCUGUGCUGCUCAGUCACCUACAAGAAGCUGAUUACAAUUGCAAUGUACAGACCGGGGCUGACCGGGAGGCACCAGAGAGAUGGUCAGGUCAGAAGAGGUACCACCCUGCCCCACAGAUCCAUUUACACUCCAGAUACAAAAGAGGAAACAAUUAUUUCAAAUACAUUAACAUGGGUAGGCAUGGGUUGGUACAGAGGCAUGGUGGCUGGAUGUUAAUCAAUUCCCUGCCCAUCGAGGAAGGCAAAGAAAUCUGCAGCUGCUUCUACCGGGCACAGCCUCCAGGGAGAGCCUCAGAAACAAGACCUGGGCCUGCCAGGACCUGCCGAGUGCAUUCCUGCUUCAUCUGCCAGAAAUCCCUGCCCGCUCACAUGGGGAUUGGCACAUUCGCAGGGUUUGUACUUCAUUUCUAAAGAAUGGAAUCAAAUAUGUGCCCUAUCCGAUCAGCUGAACACUAGCUUUCAAGUCGCAUUUUGAUGCAUUUUCACUGGUUUUGGUUUGUGAUAUAGCGAGAAUUCUAUUUUUCUGAAAGUAACUUCCUAGCUCUGGCCAGUGGAACUGCACUGAAGCUUAUGUAACACCGACAUUUUGUCGCUGAAGGGAUCGAAAUUAUUAUCAUGGCACUUUUCUGUGCUUCCCAGAUAAGGGCAUUUCAUGCAUUUAGAUACUAGCACUGGACAUACUGCUCAUUCAGCUCUGCUGGAAUCUUGCAUCCUUUAUCCGAGGAUGAUGUAAAAAUGCCUUCAGUUUUUCCACAAAAUGGAAGUCCAUAAGUUAAGCUGGUUAUCUGGGUUAAGGAAAAUGAUGGAAGUGGAAGUGGGAGAAUGGAGAGGCUGCACAUGACUGCAGGCCGUUUCCCUCCCCCCCCUCAGGCUGGACAGGAGGGCCGGUGUGAACCUCGGGAAGUUCAGCAAGGCCAAGUGCAAGGUCCUGCACCGGGGUCGGGGCAAUCCCAAGCGCAGACAGAGUCUGGGUGGAGGGCAGACUGAGAGCAGCCCUGAGGAGGAAGACUUCUGGGUGCUGGUUGAUGAGAAGCUCACCGUGAGCCAGCACUGAGCUCUUGCGGCCCAGAAGGCCGACGGUGUCCUGGGCUGCAGCAACAGGAGUGUAACUAAGGUCAGGAGAGCGGAUUGGCCCAGGAGGCCCCACCUGCAGCGCUGUGUGCAGCCCUGGGCCCGCAGCACAGGGACACGCAGCUCGGUGCAGGCCUGGAGGGAUGGAGCAGCUGUCCCAAUGGACGCGGCUGUCUCUGGAGGGCAGGGGACAUGUUGUGCACGGAGCCGUGGGUCCUGGGCUGGAUCGGCCGUGGGAAGGUGCUGUCAGGGUGUUUGUAAUCAUAUCUCUUUUAUUUCUAAUCUUUACGAUAUGAUGUUAAUUAUUAAUUGAGAUAAACGCCAGCUGAAAUUCUCAUGCCACCAGAGUGCUGUAAACUCAAUAAUUCUGUUCAAGCACGGGGCUUUUAUUCGGUGCAGCUGAGAUUGUAGUGCUGACAGACAAUAAACACAGUGGAAGGAGUCAGCAACUUUGGGCCCGACUGAGCUCGUACACAAAUCCCACGUGAGCCUUGCACCGCCUGAAACUGGGAGUUACCACAUUCCUCUCUAACAUUCCUCCAGAGUGGACUUGGGUAAAUGACAGCAGCAACGCCAUCACCUGCCAUCGAGGGGGACAAUCUUGCUGUUAUGAUAACGUUACAAAGGUGGAAAGCUGGAAGCUGGUUGGCUGGUGUCUGUGGGAAGCUCAGCAGCAUGCCCUAUAUAUUGCCAGACGUGAGGGGAGCCAGCUUCUAUGACCACUGCAGAAAUGGGCACCCGCAGCUCCCUGCUCUGCCUGGCACUCCUGUUAUGUUAUGCAUGUGCUACUCCAGUCUCUGUUGAGCAUCUCUCCAGUGCAGCUGCCAGAGAAGAUGAUGCUGGUGAGAUAAUCAAAGACAUUCCAGACAUAAACUUAGCUGCUGGAUUGGACCUCUUUCAGGGUGAUAUCGUGCUUCCUACAAGUCAGCGAAAUGCCCUAAGAAAUGACACCUACAGAUGGAAGUUCCCCGUUCCCUACAUUCUAGGUGAUGACCUAGAUCUGAACGCCAAAGGAGUCAUUCUGCAGGCAUUUGAAAUGUUCCGCCUGAAGUCCUGUGUGGAUUUCAAGCCAUACGAAGGAGAGGCAAGCUACGUAUUCUUCAGAAAAGAAAGCGGGUGUUGGUCCAUGGUGGGGGACCUGAAGAAUGGACAGAACCUCUCUAUUGGGGCAGGGUGUGACUACAAAGCAAUCGUAGAACACGAGAUCCUGCACGCUCUGGGGUUUUACCACGAGCAGUCGAGGAUGGAUCGAGAUGACUACGUGACCAUCUGGUGGGAUGAAAUUCUUACAGGCAGAGAACACAACUUUAACAAGUACGAUGACAGCUACAUCACUGAUCUGAACACGCCCUAUGACUACGAAUCAGUGAUGCACUACGCACCAUUUUCCUUUAACAAAAAUGAGAGCAUCCCCACAAUCACGACUAAGAUCCCGUCGUUUAAUGACAUCAUUGGACAACGUCUAGAUUUCAGUGCCAUUGACCUGGAAAGACUUAAUCGCAUGUAUAACUGCACUUCCACUCACACCCUUUUGGAUCAGUGUUCUUUUGAGUACGAAAAUAUCUGCGGCAUGAUUCAGGGCACCAGAGAUGACUUAGACUGGGUCCAUCAGCAGAGCAGUCCUACAGGAGAGGAGGACCACACGCUUUCUGGGCGCUGUACAGAUGCUGGCUAUUUCAUGUACUUCAACACCAGCUCUGGAAAUGCAGAAGAGGUGGCAGUCCUAGAGUCGCGAAUCCUUUAUCCCAAGAGGACUCAGCAGUGCCUCCAAUUCUUCUAUAAGAUGUCAGGAAGCUCAUCUGACAAGCUGGUCAUCUGGAUUAAGGAAGAUGAUGGGACUGGAAAUGUUCGCAAGAUGAGGAAAAUUCAAACUUUUCAGGCGGACAACGACCACAACUGGAAGAUCGCCCAUGUAACCCUCAAUGCUCAGAAGAAGUUCCGAUACCUCUUCCAAGGACUAAAGGGCAACCCCAGCUCUUCAUCUGGAGGGAUCAUAAUCGAUGAUAUCACGUUGACAGAGACCCCCUGUCCCACAGCUGUGUGGGUCAUUCGGAAUUUCAGUCAAAUCCUUGAAACUGCGUCAAGUGAUGUCAUUCAAAGCCCCCGGUUUUACAGCCCUGAGGGUUACGCUUACGGCAUAAGUUUGUACCCCCAGUCCAGAAUCAGUGGCUACACCCGCAUUGCCUUCCACUUGUGCAGUGGAGAGAAUGAUGGUGUCCUAGAGUGGCCAGCUCUGAACCGCCAAGCAAUGCUCACAGUGCUCGACCAGGACCCUGACGUUCUGAAGAGGAUGUCUGCAAGCAGAAGCUUCACCACAAACAGAGAACAGACAUCGAGUGUAAAUGGAACCAUAAUAUGGGAGAAACCAUCUAUUAAUGGAACAUUUGAUGCCUCGUGCAAUUGCUAUAGAACAACAGACUGGGGGUGGACCAACUUCAUAUCCCACAGCCAGCUGAGACGAAGAAGCUUUCUGAAAAAUGAUAACCUGAUUAUUUUUGCAGAAUUUAAUGAUCUAACUCACCUCAAUAACACUGAAGUCCCUGUUGUAUCUGAGCAAUUUGCCAUCACGGAAGGCCACACUUUUGAAAGGCAGAAGAGAGCAGCUGAGGAGAUGGAGCCCAUGCAGCACUGGCUGCCUUACUUGCAAGACCCGUGUGAUCCAAACCCUUGCCAGAAUGAUGGAGUCUGUGUGAAUGUGAAAGGGAGACCAAGCUGCAGGUGCCCAUCAGGACAAGCCUUCUUCUUUACAGGUGAGAGGUGCCAGUCCAUGCAGGUCCACGGGAACAUCCUGGGAAUGACAGCUGGUGGAAUCGCCGGAACCAUUGUCUUAACUAUCGUCCUCAUUUCCAUGAUGGCUAGAAGAUAAAGAAAUGCAGAGGGAUAAAUCCAAGUCUGGUGGUUUUUUCUAUGGUUCACCAGACAUCAGUUUUCAGUGAAAAACGACAAAUACAAUUUGUACCAGACCAGCCAGCAUCUGGAUGUUAAAAUGCUCUACCAACAUCUGGCACCAAUGGCAGCUGUCCAUUUAUUUCAUAGGAUUUGGCAGUUUAAGUUCACUACAUGAACUACUGCCUAGUAAAAGUUCACAUCCUGCCUCUCUUGUGUAUUCCUUUAUUGUUUUGUUACCUCAUUCAAUAGCAAGAGUCCAUGCUAGUAGACCCAAUCACAGUUCAAACUUAGAUCACACGACUGGAAGAGCUUCUUUAAAUGCCAGGAAAAGCCACAUGCAAGCAAAUCUGUAAAGAUUCUAGAAAUGUUCCUAUAGAAAUUGCCCGAGAUACUUAAAGGCUAUAAACCCAUAGUUAGGUAAAUCAGUACAUCAGUGCUUAUCUUCCACUAAGCUAUGCUCAUUUAUAAAAUCUGAGUAGCUAUUGCAUAGAAUUCAUAGAAAACGACUAUUAUGCAUUUUUGGUUAAUUCUCCAUGAGGGAAAUAAUUUCAUAUCAAAGCUAGUUGUCUUUCUAGAAGACAUCACCACAUAGGUGGCGGGACAUGUCCAGUCCCCUCGCAGGGCUUUGCUGGGAUUCCUGGUUGUCUUCCCUGGUUAUCUCCUGCUGCCUCUGAGGCCUUCUGGAUUGAGGCUGCUGGUCUGGCCAGGGCUGCUGAUAGCUGCAUCCAGGGGUUCCUGGUUAGCUCUGCCAUUUUUAAUGUCGGCUUGAGCUUUGUAUGUUUGCUUUUUGCUACUUCUCCACUGAUCCUGGAAAGCAGCACAGGAAUGGAUGAAGACAUUGUGGCCAAAGACAAAGUUUUCCAGUUUUCUGGAACACCUGCAAUUCAAAUGAAAUUAAUCAUGACGUAUAGGCUAUUUCCCAGGUGUGAAUGCUGCACUCAGCACACAGUCUACAAAUGUUAGGAAAAGCAAGCUGCUAAGCACUGUUUUUGGCAGUUCCUCUUCUCUGUGUGUUUGCACUGCAAUUAACUCAUAGACUUCCUGUGUUCAGUCCCUGGAGGAUGUAGCUGAAAUCUCUCUUAACCAUCACAUCUAAUAGAGGUAGCUUUGCCAAAGUCAUUGGAAAAGAAUGUUCAAAGCAUGAACUUCUAAGGCUCUUAAAAUUCAAGCUCCUAAACCAGAGUGGGUGUGAGGUCGCCCAGACGCAUGGAGAACUGCAGUUUCGAACCUGAGAGUUUGUUGCCCUUGCCCUCUAUCAUUGCCCUCUGGGAGGAGGGCUGUGAGAAUCCUGACCUGUCAUCUGGAAUUUCUCUAGAGAAGUUUUGGCUUUUGGAAAGUAGCUCAGAUUUUCUUAUACUGAAGCACUGUAUGAAGGAGAAAAGAUGCUUAGUGUGCAAACUGUGCUGAUUUUCACUCACACACAAAGGAUGUGUAGGUCCUUGUUUCUGGUUCAAACCUGCAUUUAAGACAUUUAUUUUCUUGAAAGCAAAGAAGUGUACUUCUAGUUGUCCUCUGCUUAACUUGCACCACUUGAUGAGAAGUGGGAUUAUGCUAUAGGUGAAGAAUGCCUUUCUCUCUACACCUCUACCCAUAGGCUCUCAGUGCAGGGCACCAGCCUUGCUACUCACACCUAUUCUACCUCGCAGCAUUGGACUGGAGACCUGGCUUGUGGUGAAUGCAGACAACAUCUCUUAGCUUCUGCAAAGGGUCCCUAACAACAUACAGAAGAUCUUUUGGUGAUGUCAUGAUGUCACAUGUUUUCAGCAUUGUCUAUUGCUUGUCACCCCUUGGCAAGCAGGAAGAAAAGAGAAAGGCACAGCUCAGACCUGCUGAGCAUGGGAGCAAGAGUCUGUUGCUUUGUUGGUUCCCAGCCCCAAGCUUAGGAUGUCCCAGAGCAAUUGAGCUCAAGCAAGGAGCUUUUCCCUUCUCAUUUCUUUUCUUAAUUAGCAGUGUAAUCAUCCAUUGGUCUGAAUCUGCCUCAUUCACUUAGCCAGGGCAAAAUGAGAUCUGUAUCCCAGGCUCCAUGGGGUAAAAAGGCAAAGGGACUCAUGCAGUGAUUGCUAGGGGCAUUUCAGACUUCCCCCAAAUAUCUUAGGUGCUCAGGAGCAGCCAAGCACACCUCUGCUCCCCCACCUCACCACCAGACCUCGGCUGCUGCAGGGAAUGGAGCUCUUUGUAAUGUUUCCAGGCACCACUGGGAGAAGAACUGACUGAGAGCAGUGAUGCAGAAAAGGACUUGGAGGUCCUGAUGGGCAAGAAGCUGCACAUGAGCCAGCAGUGUGCUCCUGUAGCCCAGAAGGACAACUGCAUCCUGGGCUGCAUCAGCAGAGGGCUGGCAGUGGCAGGGAGGGGACUGUCCCCCUGUGCUCUGCCCAUAGGAAGGCUGCCAGUGCUGCUGUCACACUAGCAGCAAAGUGUGCUGGAGCACUGUGACACCAGCAGCAAGGAGUGCUGGAGCACUGUCACACCGGCAGUGACAUCAACACCCUUGCUGGUGUUUGUUUACAACUGCAGCACAUUCCAGUACAAUAACACUGAAGAUAACUUUCUGAUGCAGGUGGCAGAGGAGCUGACAAGGAGAGCUGCGCUGCUGGACCUUGUUCUUACUGACAAGGAAGGGCUGGUUGGGGAAGGGAAGGCUGGGGGCAGCUAGGAUGUAGCAGUCAUGAGAUGGUGGAGUUGAGGUUCUUGUGUGGAAGAAAUGAGGCAAUAAUAACUAAGCAACCCUGGAAUUCAGGUGAGCCAAUUGUGACCUCUUCAAGAACCUGCUUGGAGGUAUGCAAGUGGGAGCUGUGGGAGCGGGGCCAGAGGAGGCCAGGAGGAUGCUCAGAGGGCUGGAGCACCUCUCUAUGGAGAAAGGCUGAGGGAGCUGGGGGUGUUCAUCUUGGAGAAGGGAAGGCUGCGUGUGGGGAGACCUCACUGCGGCCUUCCAGCGCCUGAGGGAGCUCAAAAGCAAGAGGGGGAGUGGGAGCAACUUUGUACCCAGCCUGAUAGUGAUAGGACAAAGGAGGACUUUUUUAAAUCAACAGAGGGGAGAUUUAGGUUAGAUAUUAGGAUAUUUACUCAGAGGGCGGUGAGGCCCUGGCACUGCCCGGAGCUGC